AUGUUUGAAAAAAUAAAAAAACUUUGGUCAUCAAAUAGUAAUAUUAAUGGAUGCCGUAGAUCAAGUACAAAAAUUUCUAGAACAAAGUCUGUAAGAAAUAGUUCGAAUUUAAGUUUCCGAGAAACGAGACUAUUACCUGGUUCUGAUGGAGUCGAGUAUAGGAAUGAAUUAACCACUAAUGAAUCUCAUGAUACAUUUGUUAGUCAAAAAAAUCUGGUUGAUGUUUCUAAUUACCAAAGUGUUCAUAAUACACCAACUAAAGAAUUUCCAACAGUUGGACAAAUACCGAACGCAGAUAAUGUCAGAUAUGCUUUAUUAAAUCAGGAUAAAGUAUUAGGGGUUGGAUAUACUAAUAAUCUCAGAUAUGUUGGAUCAAUGAGAAGAAAUAAUCCAUAUAUCGGAAGUGCAGAUCAGUUAACGGGUUUGGUAGAUGAUGAAUGUGUUAAAAAUUGUAAGGAAAUGGAGAGACUUUCUUUGGAUGGACCAUCAAAUAUUAACUAUCGUCCAUCUAUUCCUCAUAAAACAGCAAAAACUCGAAGUUUUGGUCAACUUUCAAAUUAUCCUAAACAAUCAAAAAAUGCCAUUGAACAUGAAAUAGAUCAACUUUAUGAUAAUAAAUCAGGAAUAUAUACAGAAGUAGUAGUUAAACGAAAUGAACCAUUUUUAUCAACAUCUGAAUUUACAUCAAACAUGUCAAGCCCUCUCUGCCGAGAAAAAUAUAAUAAAUAUAGUGAACGUUCACAUUAUAAUGAAAUAGAAAGUAAAUUUGCAAGAAGUUCUAACUGUAUUGACUCAUAUUCCCCACAACGAAGUGGAAGAAUUAGUGUGGGAUCAUCAUACAUUCCAUCACAUUAUGCAUCAACACCAAUAAGAAGUACAUCAAAUAUGCCCAGAAAUAAUUAUAACAGUCCAAAAUAUUUACAUGAAGAUGUAUUUAUUGAUAGAAAUCCCAGGAGAACACUUUCAACAGCUCGUAGUUGUCAAAGAAUAGAUGAACUUGAAGAAUCAUUACGGGAUAUUCAACGUAAAAUAAGUACCUCAACAUCUAUACAGAUGCAAUCUAAUAUUCAGUCAGAGACUCAGCAAACGUUAAUCUCAAUCUUAAUGGAUAAAAAAAAUGAAGCUGAUCGUUUAAAGGAAAAAGUAAAGAAAUUAGAAAAUAAACUACAGAAACAACAAUGUGAAUUUGCUGAGGAGACAGAUAAAAUGCAGCUUGAGACGGAAAAUAUUAGACACAAAUUAAAAUUAAUAACAGAAAAGUUUAAUAGAUUGGAAAAGGAGUAUCGUUUUUAUAAAGAUGCUACACUUACCAAUGAAAAUAAGGAACAAGAAAAUAUUGAAGAUAUAAAUGAAAUUAAAAAAAAUUAUGAAAAAGAAAUAAAUUCUUUAAAAGAGAAAUUAUCCAGUAUUUCUACAUUAGAAGAUAGAAAAUUAAAUUCUAAUGAUGAUAGAGAAAUAUAUUUAGAGAAUCAAAAUACAGAAUUGACAGCUAAACUCAUUGAAAAGGAGGAAGAAAUAUUGAAGUUAAAAGAAGAGUUAAAUGUAUAUCGUUUAUUAAAAUCACCAAUUGAUGAUGAUGAGUAUGAUGAUAGAAGUUUUUUGGCAUUAAAUGAUUGCGAUGAUAAUCAUGUUACAUCAUCAAAAAGUAAUAGUAAUAUUAUUAUGUCUAAAGAUGAUAAGUCUUCUUCUCAACAAACAUUUUUAUCAAAAAGUAAUCUUCCCUCAAUAUAUUCACCUUCUAGUAGUUCUGGUUUUGGUGGAUCACAAUCACAUGCUCUUCUUAAUUCUCCCAUAAUUGGAAAAGGUCAUUACAAAGGAACGGUAAAUUCUAUGGGUGGUUCAACGUGUAAUAAUUUAUCUAGUUUUUCAUACAGUAAUACAACUACUUCAAUAACAAUUCGACCAAGGGUUCAUAGAAUUAUUAGAGAUAAUAAUGAAAUUGGAAAACGUUUACGUUUAAUAUCAAAAUGUUUCUUAGAAAUAUCUGCAAACAUUAUUGACGGGAAAGAUCCAGAAUUUCAUAGAUUGGCUUCACGUUUCACUGAUUCAUCAGAUUCAGAUGAUGAUUUAGAUAACGUUGAAAGUAACAUCUCUUAUAAUAGUCUUAGAUUUGAAGAUAUAAUACGUAAGCAUCAAGUAAAUAUCCAUAAAGCUGAAGAAUUUCUGUCAGAGGUUUCAAGCAAUGUUCUUCUUUACACAACCAGAGAAUCAGAUGGAAAUAGAAAUACCUGUAAAAUUCAAUAA